GACCCAGAUCUUAUAGCACUCUCAUGCAAAUUUAAAGUUACUGCUAUGGAGCUGAUCUCCAUUCUUGAGCAGUGAAUAUAUCUUGAUGACAAGCAUGAUGUUGCUGCUUUGGAAAGGAAGAUGCAAAGCACAGGAAUGCCACCAAAUAUUUGGAAGCACGCACAGAGAGAAUUACAGCAACUAAGAAAAAUGCAACCUCAGCAACCUGGAUAUAGUAAUUCACGUGUAUACCUGGAGCUUCUUGCUGAUCUACCAUGGCAAAAGGCCAGUGAGGAGUGCGAACUGGAUCUGAGAGCUGCUAGGGAGCGUCUUGACAGUGACCACUAUGGUUUAGUCAAAGUUAAGCAGCGGAUAAUUGAAUAUCUAGCUGUUUGCAAGCUUAAACCAGAUGCAAGGGGUCCAGUGUUGUGCUUUGUUGGCCCACCAGGUGUUGGAAAGACAUCUUUGGCAUCAUCCAUUGCUGCUGCCUUGGACAGAAAAUUUAUACCCAAUUGAGGUCAAUGGUCGGAAUCUCUUAACCAUGGGCCCCACUUAUAUAAAUUAAUCUCGGAGUAGCCUGUUCAUGUCCUCGGUUUGCAGAUCAUAUACUCAUCUCCUUCUUUAUAAGAAGGUUAGAAGAGUUCGAAAUGGUUUUACCAUUGGGGAGUAGCUCAGGAACAUGGAGUUGAUAGACUGCUUUUCCUCUAAAUUAGUAAAUUUAUUUUAGU